UCAGCAGCGCCUGCUACUGUCUUUGUGCGCAAUAUCUCAUGUCGUUCCCAGGUCCUCGAACCCGCCAUAGCAGCAUCAGCAAGGCGGAUCUCUACUUGCCCCUCACAGCCGAAGCAUCAGCAGGACGACCCACUAUCGCAAUGCGACGCGUCCACAAUCGGCAGAGAUCAAUUGAUAGCUUAGCGCUCGCGACCUCGCGUAGUCAGAGCGGCGAAGACAGAUCGUCGGGUCCCGAUUCGAGCUCACCCAUCUCUCUGAAAACCUCAACUUCUGGCGAGACCUCCGACGCAGGCAGCACUGCCGAAGGACAACUCGUCCUGCAUCCUGCCUCGCCCUUUGACACGGUGCCGGAAGACCCCAUUGCGAGUACAAGCUCAUUGCUCUCGCCUGCGCAAUCGCCUGUCCAAACCCGACUACGCAAGGACAGCAAGGAAUCGCCAGCCGCUGAUCACUCGCCGCAGUCAUCUCGUCGAUUGAUGCUGCAUGGAAUUGAUCCUGCAACGCCUGCCGCGCCAGCCGAAAUAGCCAGUGUGACGACGCGCAAUACGUCCAAGCUGGCUUCUGUCACCAAUGCCACGGAUUCCAUUCCGCCGAAGCUGCCGAUAUGGAGCCCUUCUGCUCCACAGUCUCAGCUCGAGUCGACCUCUCGAGAUCUCUCGCUCACAUUUGGUGCAGCGGCGCCGUCCUUACAACUCGUCACGGGCACACCAGACGUGCCGCCUGAGCUUUCACCGCCGUAUCGCAAGAUCCAUGCUGGAUCUACGCCGUUCGAAGCGCCAAGAGCGCCAAAGGCCGUGCACGAGCCAGAGCCUUUGCUACCCAUACUGCCUUCGCCAUCGACAUCAGACUCGGCAGAUUCGCAGGACAGUCAUACUGUCAAGCUUGACAACGUAUCCGAGAUCACGCCGAGCGCGUCGGUAGCUCAGCCGAACCAUCGCAACUAUGUCAGAUCGAGCGGCCGAUUAGUCGCGCUCAAGUCUACGGGUCCAAGCGAUCGCAUAUCAUCUGCAAUGGUGCGCAAAAAGUCUGGCGAGCUUGUCAAAUCAUCUUUGCGCUCGCGUUCGAGCUCGCGCAUCAACAUACACGACCACAACGAAGACGGAUACGAGGAGGACGAGACACUGACGGCGCCCUCCAUGCGGUCUGUCAUGUCUGCGCCCCAGACGCCCACGGCGUCCAAGAUGGUCCACUUUGACAGCCAGCUCGAGCAUGUCAAGCUCUUCUUGGCGCAGCAGCGGCCGACAGCAGUCAGUCGUGGCGGAAGUCCGCAAGAGACCGAAACGGAAGAGGAGAGCGAGGGCUUUCCGUUUCCCUCUGUUGGCGAGGUGUUACCAGGCUCGAUCAAGCUCAUCACGGCCGACUUUACGCCUUACAAAAUGCCAAUUUCAGCUCCGAAUUUCCACGGCGACGUCAGGCUAGAGACGCUCACUAUGGCGAAAGAUUCUCGAUCGCUAUGUGGCAGCAUCAUUGUGCGCAACAUCGCCUUCAACAAGCGCGUUGUUGUUCGCUUCACCUUUGACGACUGGUCCACAAUUUCUGAAAUAUCCGCUGACUACGCCAUCUCGCUGCUUGACAAUCAGGCCGACCGGUGGACCUUUCAUAUCAAGCUUUCUGAUAUCCUGGCACGCAUAGAAGAGAAGAAGAUGCAGAUCGCUCUGCGGUACAUCGUCGAUGGUCGAGAGCUAUGGGACAACAACGGCGGCUCGAACUAUCACGUCAGGUUUGCCAAGAUUGCGCCUCCGGCGCCUAGGGUGAGAGCCACAUCGGCAGACGGUGGUGUUCACAGCGCUGCACCGCGCACGAGAACACUAGCGAGACAUCAAUGGUCAGUCACAACGACUGGUCAAGCCUCGGAACGCAUGGCAGAUCUGCGUAGGGAACUCGAUCGUCUCGUAAGCGAUGAUGCCACGUCGCCGCCAGCGCUUGUCACUGCGCGGGAUGAGAAGCCAGUCCAUGCUGUAGCGCCUGCCAAUCCGACAUUUUCGUCACGCUAUGACUUUGGCAGCUCAUUGAAAGGCACAAGAGCGAAUCGCACAGCAGAGAAUCCAUACUUUGCGCCGCGAGAAGGUAUCAUACAUAGUCCCGCAUUGGGCUCGCCUGUUCGCAAACCAAUGCCGUUGACUGCGGGUGCGAUGAGGCCGGAUCACCUACGUGGGACGUCACAGCCGCCUCCGCCGGCAUACAUGCUAUCACCUUCGCUCGGCGGCGAUCGACGAGAUAUGCCGUCGCCCUUGUACGAUUCUGGAGAGCAAUAUGGAGGGUUCUGGCGACCAUCUUCGCCCGUCAUUCCUUUGCACGAAGCAACGGCUUCUUGGGAUCAGUUCAAGAACAACAUCAGCCCCAUUGGCGAGCCCAUCGCCCUGCCUGGCAUGCCCUCUGGCAAGCCCAGCACACGACGCUUUGACAUACCUCGGGAACAUCUGUUAGCGCCUGGAGGUGUCACAAACGCAAGCCGAUUCGCAUCUGUCACUUCCCCCGCCGGCUCGCCUAGGCGGUCGCCGGCAGAAUCACCAGCAGAGACACCCCCUCGUGCAGCGUCACCUCCACCGCACGAAGACGGCAAUCGCUCGCCUGUCUCUUCCACAGACAAUUCGUCCUUGUCUUCGCCAUCAUCGCAAAAUCAGUCCCCAACAUCGCCGCCGUCUUCUGUCACGACUUUUGGAGGCGAGUUCUCGCCGACCAAGAUGAUGGCAGGCUCGACUCCGUUGCCCUCCUCUGACAUUGGAGAUUUCAUCGAGAAGGUUCGUUCACCAUGCUGGACUCUCCACAGCUUCUGACCUGAGUGCAAACAGUACUGCUGGUCAGGCGGCAAUCUCGGAUUGACUAGCAAGGGCAUGUCUGUCUGGCCGCGGGGGAAGCUACCACUGUCAUCAGCAAGCUCAUCAACUGGCUCGGGCACGCCCCAAGCGGCGCUCGAUCAGUCUGCAUCCAUUCAGUCGUCUGGCACAACUACGCCAUCGCCCUCAAACAGUCGCUCGACGAAUCAUAACACUCUAGAAUCGAUGGAUCUUAGCCAGCGGGACACCUUCUUCUC